AUGAAUUUCGGAGUUCCAGCAAAUUCACUGUUGUUGUUCCGUGCUUGCGACGAGGGCGACUAUGAAAGCGCAAAGCGGAUUCUUGAGCCUGCUGGGAAUGAAUCGGGGAGGCAGUCCAGAACACGUUUGGAUUCCGUCUCGGAGUGUAAUGUGGACUCCGUCCGGGGAGGACCACCUCUUGUGCCCGUAGAUUGUACCGACGAAGAAGGCAACACGGCCUUACAUUUUGCCUCCGCUAGUGGGCACGAACAGCUAGUCAGAUUUUUACUCCGAAAAGGGGCGUCAGUGGAUAGCAGGAAUAACUAUGGCUGGACACCGCUCAUGCAAGCAGCGAGGUUUGGACAUCUAAACGUGGCUCACAUCUUGCUGGAGAAUGGAGCAGAGAUCAAUGGCAGGAAUCGCAUGGGUGCUAGCGUGCUCACAAUGGCAGCCCGUGGAGGCCACACUCAUGUGGCCAAACUCCUCCUUGAGAAUGGAGCCUUUGUGGACGAAUUUGACCACCUUUCUGCAGUUGAAGGAAAUACUAACGGCAAUAACAGUAACCACAGUGAUAAUGGGAAGAACUUCUUAGAUAUUACAUCCUUAUUGGUUAGUGCUCAGCAUGGUCAUGAGGCCAUGGUGAGACUGCUUUUAGAGUGGGGUGCUGAUGUGAACUUUUCUCAGAAGACGACGGGCUCAAGUGCGCUAAUGCUGGCCACGUUGAACGGGAAGGCUAGCAUAGCUCAGCAGCUAGUAGAGCGAGGUGCUGACCCUGACCAUAUCAAUGUUUUGUCUAAAACGGCUUUUGAAGUGGCACUACAGCUUAAACAUAAAGAGGUGAAAAGCUAUCUUGACUCAAUUACAACAGUUCGUCCACAACCAGAUGCUGAAAAGAAAAGACCUGAUGUUUUCAGUGCUUUAAAGCUAGGAAAUGCUCAGCUGGUGAAGGAGAUAUUAGAAGAGGAUCCAUCGCAGGUGAACAUGGCUAAUGCAGAUGGAGCAUCUCCUUUAAUGAUUGCAGCUGUGAGUGGACAGCUAGAGGUGGUGCAGCUGCUGGUGGAGAAGAAUGCAGACAUUGACAAACAGGAUGGGGUCCAUGGCUGGACAGCUCUUAUGCAGGCCACAUAUCAUGGGAAUAAGGAUGUCGUGAAAUAUCUGCUGAAUCAGGGAGCUGAUGUAAAUCUAAGAGCCAAAAAUGGAUAUACAGCCUUUGAUCUUGUGAUGCUAUUAAAUGACCCAGACACUGAGCUGGUGAGGCUUUUGGCUUCUGUGUGUAUGAUGGUAGAUAAAGACAAGAGUAAACACAGAGGCAAGACGCUGAUCAAGAAGCGCCUGUCUGCCAAUGUACCGGAACCACCAGAUGAUAAAGGUGGCCUGAAGUCCUGGUGGAACCGGAUGUCAAAUCGGUUUCGUAAGCUGAAGCUAACGCACACACUGAGGCAUGGGCUCUCUCCCAAUCGCUUAGCUCCUUUCCCUGAUGACCAAGAGGUUCCACUGGAUGCCACUAUGAAGGCGGAGCGUAGGCCGGACUCAAACAGCUCUGAUCCCAGUGGUACAGUGGCACCCUCUGCUGGAGCUGCUAUCAAUGACAUCACCAUUGCAUGGACUGCUAAGAGCAAAGACAGUGGUCUUGGCAGAACCAGCAGUGAGAAAGAUGACUUUGUGAUUACCACAAUGCUAAGAAAUGGUGCACCUCUGACCCGCUUGCCCAAUGACAAGCUUAAGGCAGUCAUCCCACCCUUCCUACCGCCGUCCAACUUUGAGCCAUGGAACUCCGACCGCUCACGGGUGAUGAAAGAGGGGGGCAAGACCAGUGAGCAGCCUCGCCUGCCCAUGCCUCAGAGACCCAGCAAAGCCAACUUCAGCAGCAGUGGAAACUCUGAUAUUACAUCCAUAAGUCGAGUAGUGAGUAGAUCCAUGAAGUUUCCCAGCAUCAGUAAAGUGCCAUCUUCCUCCCCUUCCAACUCGGGAAAUUAUAACUCUCCUCACUCAUCUGGGGGAUCCAACGGAGUAGGAGGAGUCAACCGCCAUGCAUCAGACUCUCACAACCGCUCAGGAGGCAGUGCAUCUGACAGUGUGCUGUCUCAAAUUGCUGCCCAGAGGAAGAGGGCUGCAGGCCUGCUUGAUGUUAAAGCUCCGGCUCCAGAGGCAUCCAGCCCUGCUCCCACGCCCCUGCCAACAGUGCCUGAUACUAGCCUCCCCAGCCUCCAGAGCAACCCCAGCCUGGUGGCUAGUGACUUCCACUCCAGACGGAAGGUGGACCUAAAGAAGAGGCCGCAGUCUGGGAAUUCUUCCACGUCCAAGAGCACAUCCCCCACCCUGACCCCAUCUCCCUCCCCGACCCCGAAACCUCCCACUGGGGACACGCUUUCUUCAGCAUCCUCCCAGCCACGUUCCAAAAGUAGUGGUGGAUCCAGCAGUGGCACCAUUACUGAUGAGGAUGAGCUGUCAGGGAUCCUGAGAAAACUUUCUCUGGAAAAAUAUCAGCCCAUCUUUGAAGAACAGGAGGUAGACAUGGAGGCCUUUUUGACUCUGACUGAUGGAGAUCUGAAAGAGUUGGGGAUUAAAACAGAUGGACCCAGACAGCAGAUCUUAGCAGCCAUUUCUGAACUUAAUGCUGGCAAGGGGAGAGAGAGACAAUUACUGCAGGAAACUAUCCAUAAUUUCCAGUCUUCUUUUGGGAGCAGUGCCAGUAACCACCGACCGGCAGGCUGUUCACGUUCUCCAACAGGUUGGGCCAGGCAUCAACUUCACACCCCUAACAAGAGGUAACACCUAGCCAGAUGAGGAAUGCCAGAAUGGAGUGUUCUCACAGUGCUGGUUUCAGAACUUUGAGUUCUGUCAGUGUUCCAGUUUUUAUUCAAAUUGUGAAAGGCAGUGCUGAAAAAGGAGCUACUGAAAGAUCUAACUUUUCUGACAAUGUACAACCAGACUACUUGCAUUGUCCUAUCCAGACCAACCACCAGAGGGCACUGAAGUGUCUCAGAUGACCUGAACUGGCAAGCUUGGUUAAGCAGUCAUGUCAGGGCUUCUAAAAAUACAUGCACGUCUUAUUUGGGUCAAGAAUGUGUGUUUUUUUCCCCCCUUUUCAGUGAUUGAGCUGUUAGAUGAUGUGUCUAAGGCCAAAUGAGGGAAAAUGAAAGAGGUUUUUAUGAAUCAUGCUUUUAGUUCAUGUGAGCAGUCAGUAAGGUCAUGAUGAGGAGCACUGUCAUGCAGUAUUAGACUGUUUCAUGGAGUUCAUUUUGGUUAUCUUUAAAAUUUGUAUGGUUCAUGUUCAAUGUCCAGUUAACAUUUUUCAAGAAACUGGUGGUACUUACUGGGGAUGAUUAUUGUUAGGCCAUUCACAGUAUAUAAAGUUAUAAACUAAAAGGUACAAAUGAUUACAAAUUUUUGCCAAUGUAUGCCAAAACAUAUAAAACUUAUAAAUCUGCUUGUUUACAGUAUAAAUGAAUACAUAUCGACACAUGCUUUAGUAUAGUGAUACACUGCAGUAUUUAAAUUUUAAAGAAAUUAGUGUUCUGCAUCUAUGUUUACUAGGAUUUUUUGGAAAAAUGCUUCAUAGUAGAUUUGGAUAUUAGUGUAAAAGCUGCACGAUGAGCAGAUCACAGACAAAUCAUUCAUAGACUGCUGAUGUUAACUUGUCAGAGGUGGAUCAUUCAUCAUAUCUUCUGUUUUAAUGUGCAGUUACUUUGUAUUUUAUAUGUAUCUCAUAGUAUCUCAGAUUAUUAUGAUUGUAAAGUGUAUGAUGUAUUUAUGAAGGCCGUGUAGUAUAGUACAUUGUAGUAUUACAAUGGACUACAAUUUUACAGGAUUACAAUUUGUUUGUGUUGUCAAAAAAAAGUGUGCAGCACUUUAUACCUGUCACAAUAUAAAGAAAAUGCUUUAAUUUGUUAAAAAAAAA